AUGAUGACUCGUUUGCGUGAAUCCCUGGCUGGUCCAGGGUACGUGAUUCUGAACGUCAUUCGCGUUCUCAACAUUAUCACUUUUAUGGACCUUAUAGCUGCUUGUGCAGUCAUGCUGGCCAAGAUCGACAUGCUAAACAGCUUCUUCUUCUUCGAGGCUGUGACCCAUGCCGUGGUGGCUCUGGUCAGCCUCUUCAUGAUAAUCUCGGAGCUCCCAGUCCUCCAAACUUAUUUCGAUAACCACUGGCCGAUGUUCGGACAAGAAUCUAGCUUCUACUCUCUCGGCGGGAUCAUGAUGAUCCUGGGAGUAGCGACACUGGGCAACCUGAACACCAAGGCCAUGGCCCAGGAGACCAUUGGCAUGACUUUCUGGCGAAUCAUCAUCUCUGCCGGUGUCCUGGCCAUGAUAGUUAGCGUGGUAAAUGUUCUGGCCGUAAGUAUCGAUAUCAAAAACUUUGAAACCCCCCAAUGUACACUUGGCCCAAUGCUAACCCAUUUCCUCCAACAGAGCUACAUCUUCAGUGAUCCCGAGACCGGUGUCAGUGCCCGCCAGGUGCGGGUAGACGGCGCCGUCGCACCCCAAAAGGCAAUGAGCCGCACCAGCAGCCACCGCACCCUCCAUUUGAGCGUGAAGCGCGAGGAAACCCUGCCCACCUACACUCGCCAGAACCCCGUCAAGCGUGCCACUAAGCGUCUCACUGGCCGGUUCCCGCUCAAGAUCUCCAAGCCCAUGAACCCGACCCUCGUCGAGGAGAAUGACGCCGCUUCCUCCAAGUACUCUCGUGACUCUGCAGAGAUCCGCCCUCCUGAUCUCGCACACCAUCCUGCUAUGUACUCGGGCCACAUGGUUUGA